AUGAGGGAACACAGAGAAGUAACCACUCGUCCAUACAGAGACAUACGUUCUAUUCCGACAUUUUGCCGCAUUUUUAGCACACCCAUUGUUUACUUAUUAGAGGGAGAUAUUAUGUUGGAUGGACAAAUCAGCCGUGCUUCGGUUAACAAGAAAAUUUACCUAUGGCCAGGAGGCAUCGUUCCGUAUGUAUUGGAAUCCUCGCUGACCAUUCACGCACGCUCAGCAAUAACCAAUGCCAUGAGCACGAUGGAAAGGCUUUCAUGUUUGCGUUUCAAGUCCAGAACAAAUGAACCGUACUUUGUAAGGUUUAUACGAGGACAAGGUUGCUACUCCUGUAUCGGUCGAACAAUGAAUCCAAAAGGUCAGGUGGUUUCUAUAGGAUACGGUUGUGAGUACGAGGGCACCAUUUUACAUGAGUUGAUGCAUACUGUCGGUUUCUUUCAUACAAACUCACGGCCUGACCGGGAUGCUUAUGUUAUCGUGUAUUCGAAGAACAUCAGACCUGGUUAUGAACAGAACUUUAGAAAGUACAGUCAUGGUCAAGUGGAUCGGCUGGGGGCACCAUAUGACAAAACAUCCCUCAUGCACCUACCUCGAAACAGCUGGAGCAGGAAUGGAAAGAACACAAUAGAAUCACGCGCCGGAGCCCAUGUGGUUUUGGGCCAAAUGUACGGUUUAUCAGUCGUGGAUAAACAACAGCUUAAUCAGCUGUACAAGUGUAAAAACAGUUAUGGUUGCUACCUCGCUGUAGGUCUUGAAAACGGCCAAAUAACAGAUUCACAGCUGGGUGCCAGCUCUUCCAAGAGCUAUUAUGAGCCGCACCAGGCUCGGUUACAUCUGACCGCGGGACCAAAGGGGAAUGGGGCCUGGUGUGCUUCGAAAAGUGCGAUAGGAGAAUAUCUCCAGAUCGAUUUAGGCUCAAGGUACAAAGUAACUGCAAUUGCUACUCAAGGCAUGGCGAGCUAUUUUUCGAAAGCCUGGAUAUCAGGGUACAAAGUCCAGAGCAGUGACAAUGGCAACUUGUACAGCUGGGCUACGAGCAUACAGUUUCUACAUGGAAAUUGGGACGCAAACUCUGUGCAGUACAACUCCCUUCAAACACCGUUCAGAGCUCGCUUUGUCAGAAUCCUUCCCACUCACUGGUAUAACCAGAUAUGUUUACGAGUUGAACUGUACGGAUGCAAGUAAACUUGAGGUUGAUGAGAGAUAUGUGUAUUUUCACAUUGAACGAGCGGAGAUGCAAGUUCUAUUACGAAUUGAGAAUUGGAAUAUAUUUAUUUAUUGGGUAUAUAAACGACAGGGAAUUCGGGGCCGAACUGCUGAUUGCAGUUUCAUCAUUGAUUUGACUGAUAAAUAUAUUUAUCUAUUUUUAUUUUACUAGUAAAACAGUACAAACGACAUAUCAUCGAAAAGUAAGAUAAUUUUAACUGUCAAGUCAAUAUUACUAUCCUUAACUCCUCUAUUAAGGGGGCUUAUUUAUUCCAAGAAUGUUCGAGGGAGGGGCCUU